UGUACGCGAAUGGUACUUUUCGUUUCGUUUCUCCGCAACGGCUACUAAAUCAACCAGUUCAAGUAUAACUAGGAAUUCAAAAAAAAGCAAACAUAUUUUAUUAUUACUAGCAUCACGUUCAAGGACCUACCGCUCAUUCGGUGAAUGCAAGUGAUUUAGUUAAAAGUUCUCGAAUGUUUAGUGGUUUUUUGUUUUAGAUAGGCAUGAAAAGUACCACAAAAUUGUACAGUAGAAACAAAAUUCAAACUUUGGCAUAUUCAAAAACACUUGUGAGCUAAAUAGUUUAUUUUAAGUGAACAUUUCGUGUAAAUAGUGAAACUAUGUCGGUUCUAUUCAACCGCCGGAAAAAUCACACCUCGAUGUUUCUCUUAAUCGCUCCUAAAAAUAUCCACCAUAAAUAAAUAAGAAUAUCACAAUCAUUACACCGAGUUCAGCUAUAACCGAAACCGUGCCAAUGUUACGCUUCUUUGUGCAACUUCGCUUUCACUGAACGACCUCCGAGCCCAGACACAAUGCUAUUCGAAGCGGUUCAGAAUGGAGACGUACAAAAGGUGUCCUCCCUGCUGGACGACGGAAUCGAUGUCAACACCAGAGAUGACAAAUUCUUCAACACCGCCCUUCACAGGUCCAUCUUUGCCAGUGGGAAUCGCUACCAGUUAGUCGAUCUGCUUAUAUCUCGGGGUGCCGACUGUAAUGCGCUGAACAAAAAAUUUCUGACGGCAUCCGAGUUGGCACUGGAGAAAAAACUCGAUGAUCUGGCAAAGCACAUGAUCCUGCGGGAGACCGAACGGAUCGAAAAUCACCUGGCGUACUAUCUGUUGAUUCGGCGCGGGAACCUGCAGCUGUUUGAGUUUCUUAUCUCGAUCAAAAGGCUCAAGUACGAGGAUGAGAUUCAGAUCAUCGCUCGAGCGUACGCGGAGCUCAAACUCAAAAAUGUUCCGCUGAAGGAGCACAUGGAAGCGUAUCUGAAUGAGAUCCUGAUUAACCAUGACUACUGGCUGAUUAACAACAAUGGGCGGGGUAAACAGGGGAAAGUUCGCGUUCAAAAUGUGCACCGUGUUCGGGAAAUUGUGGAAAAUGUGCAACAGCUGUUCGCUGCCUACGAUAACUACAAUCUAAUGGAUGUGGACAGCAUAUUUCUGCUGCGAUUGUCCUACAUACUGGAAAACGUCUUUUUCAUCCGGAACCACUACAAAGAGUUACCAUUGCAUCAUGUCGAGUUCUGCAUCGCAAUUUUCCUGCAUAUCUGGAAAAGUCCUCCACACUACGAGAUCUACAAGAUGUUCAUCGACAAGCGGCAGCUGCUAACGUACCUAGGGGCAAUUACCAAUGAACUGAAAAAGAUCAUUGCCCUUCCAUGUUACAACCUAACACCUCCACCUAGCCCCCAACCUACUGCUACCAUGUCCGGAACUCCGGCUUCGCCCACAGGAGCGUCCAAUAGCACCGACAAACCGCACACUCGAUUUUGGUGGACUUCGGAACUGAAUCGAGAGUUACUAUUCUGCUUCUACGUAGUGACCACGGGUGGUCAGCACACCAUCGGCUACCGGAGGCGUCUUCACGAUCUGUGGUGUAAUCGACAGGCAACCUAUAACCAUCUGACAGAACAGAAUCUUUUCAGCCAACUUCGUAAGAUCCAGCGAGAUCAUCUCCUAACGGAGGACGUCGGUCAGAAAGCUCUAGCGGAAGCCAGUCAAUACGGGUUCGAUUAUCACUGUUCGCGAACACGUCCGGUCAAGAUUUCGGACAAAAAUAGGAAAGUGUUUCGAAGGCUCGCGAAAAGUUAUAGUAAAAUGAAAGAACUUCACUCGAUCAAUAGGGCUAUGGCUUAUGUGAACUCUGUCGUUGAUAUGAAAUUUAACCCCAGCAGGGAAAUCGAUGUGUUAGCGAUGAAAAGAGUCGUUCAGGUGCUAUGUGAAACUAUUAGAACUAGUAAAGAUACCCCUAAUGUUGGGAAACAUAUAGUUAGUUUCCUAAAUGUUCUAACUCCUAGAUAUUUGCUAGGCGAUACAAAAGCACGUCACUACUUAUCACACUGUCGUAGGGAUUUCUCAUCGUUGCUGGAGACUGCCGAUGAGGAAAUCGACUACGCCGAACUGCACCGUAAUCUUAAGAUACUGAGGAAUCUCUUGUUGUAUGUACAAAAUUUAGAAUAUAUACUAGCUGUGAAAACGCUAAUGAAUCGCCUAUACGAUAGUAAGUGUCUCGAGGAGAUUAAGUCAUACUAUGCUUACAUUUUUCGGCACAAUUCGAAAGAUUUAAUGAAAGAUUUUGAAUUUGCUCCGUUCCUUCUGUUGGAAUUGGAUUCUAUUCUGGAGGCAAUUUCGGCAGAACAGUGUACGUUGGGAUUCAAGCCCAGUGAUCGUAUCGAGAAAAUGAAAGCUUUACUCCGUGAGGAGAUUGAUAGUUACAAAUUUCUUCAUCAACAUUUCAGUAACGCAAUGCUUAUGGUUGACUGUAUAGUAUCGAAGAUUAAAUCGAACCAUAGCUAUGAGAAAAUUCGUCAUCUACUUCGAUCGCAUUUGCGAGUGUUUCAAUUGAAUCGCAAGGUUACGGCAAUUUUUUUAAAUCACUUCAAAUCGGAACUAGUGACCUUUCUGUACCAUGAUCUGAAACUGAUAUGCGAUGAACAUAAUCAAACUAGAGUUAUAUUUUUGGUAACCGCAAUGUUGUUUGCCAUCAACAAUCACUCAGUUGAUCGCAACGAUAUGGAUCUUCAUUUUCAAAAUUAUCUUAUGUCACCUUUGUUUGAUAACUACACAAUUCGAGAGGGACGAACAGUCAUCCGGAAAGCGAAAGAUCAUCCCGAAAAACGCAGCGAACUAUUGCACCACUGUCUGCAAAAGCAUCAGAUCCCAUUCAAUGGGUCUUCAUUCCAGAAAUUUAAACGUAACGACGAGAAGGUCUCAGAAGAAAAGAUCAGUCAGUUACAGAACCUUUUUCUGGAUCCGAACAUGAACCUCCGAACAUUCGAUCGAAUUGAAGAAAUUGCUUUUGAAAUGGCGAUGCUAGAAGCGACAUGGGCUUUGUCAUCGAAACUGCUAAACAACGCAGAAAGUUUGAGCAAUUACGUACCCGUGCUAACCGGGCGCAACCUACGGAACUAUUUGACCCGUGGAAGUGUAACCUAUGAAGUGCUGAUUCCGAACAUAAGUUCGAAAACGAUAGUUCAAAAUGCUCUCAGUAUCAUUAAACUUUCGAAAAAUAUAAUUUCGGAAAUUUACGAACGACACUGUUGGGAUUUUCAGGAACGUUUGGAAUGUCUCCGGUAUCAAAUGAAUAUUUUGGAUGGAUUUCGGUUUCAAAGUUGUGACGAGAUACGGGACACUAUUAAACAGGAUCAAUACUUGAUAGGGAAGGAUCAUUUAUCGUUUGGAAUAGUUGAUCGGCUGAUACAAACACAGAGUUGUUUAUUGUUAGGACACCUUCUGGAUCUGUCCAAUAUCGAUGAGUUGCUCAAAGUUCUAUCCUAUCUACUGGAUGAUGUUAAGGUAAUAUCUUGCGGUGGAUACUUUUAUGACUUCCUAAAAGAUAUCAGCUCAAGAAUUCGCUUUUGUUAUCAACUGGCACUGUUGAGCAACGAAGAGGACAUUUUGCUGAAGAUAGUCUCAGAUUUUGGUCAUGAGCAGAUCGACUCGAUUUCGAUGAUUUUCAACUUCGACCAAAUGUUUAUCAGCUUUCUGGAGAAUCAUGCCGAUUAUGACGUCAACACGGACUUGAAUGUGGACAUUCUUCAUUGUGCGGUUUUGUCAGGAAACAUAGAGCUUCUGAAUUUGCUACUUGAUCAAUGUAAUGAUCUCAACCAAAGAAAUGCGUGCAAUCUUACCCCGUUGGACGUAGCCUGUAAGUUAAGCAACGUGGAAAUGAUGAAAACUUUAACGAAUGCCGGUGCGAAAUGGUUUACAAAUGAUCUAAGCCAAUACACGUGGCUCUUCCUCAACAACGAUCAUGAGGCGAUCAUAUUUCUCAAGAACAACGAUCUAAUAGGGGAUAAAAUAGCGAAGAGUUGCAUCAACCUGUUUCUGCAGUUCUGCGAGGAUGACAAAGAAGAAAUUGUUGAAUUUAUGCUAAAUAGUGUGGAUUAUUCGCAUCUGUAUCCCGUUGCUGCAAAGUUCAGAAGAAUGCAUGUAUUAAGAUAUAUGAUCGCAAAUGACCGAAUGGUGAAGGUGAAUAUUAACCGAAGAGAUUGCAACGGUCAAACUGCGCUUCAUGUGUCUAUUAUGAAUGGAUUUAGGGAAGUUGUUGUGCUGUUGUUGAGCCAUCAUGGGAAUCCACAAAUAGUGGAUUCAGCGGGAAAUACUCCACUUCAUUUAGCCGUUCAAAAUUGCGAUGUAAAAAUAGUAAAAUUAUUGCUCAAACACCAUUCGCAUAUUGAUACGAAAAAUGUGUUGAAUAUGACUCCAUUAGAUUUAGCCGUGGAAAAAGGACAUUUAGGAAUAAUAAAAUUGCUACUUAGGCGAAUACAGCCGACUCAGAUGGUAAGGAUUCCUGAAAUUAUCCGUUCUUUGGACCUACUGAAUCUGUUGAAAAUCUCGAAUGUACAGUACAAAUUACAACAUAAUCAGGAACGUCGUUUUACUGAUUCGCUAACGCCACUGCAUUACGCCAAAGAAGAACGAGAAAUACGCAUUCUGUUGCGGUACUUGGAUGGAGAUAUUUGCUCCCCCAGAUUUUUGGAUACUCCUCUACACCUCGCAUGUUUAGUCAACAAUUUGAACGCUGUUAGUACGCUGCUCGCGCAAGGAGCAAACCCUAACCUAACUAAUUGUGACAAUUUAACGGCACUUGAUCUGGCUGUGAUCAAUCAGAACAUAAAGAUCGUACGAACCGUCAUUCCUUACCUUCGACAGCCCUAUCAAGCGCAGAUUAACGCAGCCUUCGAAAUUGCCGUUCGAAAACAGAAUCUUGAAAUAGCGACUCUGCUGUUGGAAAAUGGAGCAGACAUCUCGAUACUGCGACUGUUUGCCAAACAACCGACACUGCUUCAUACGGCGGCCCGUCAUGGUUUCGUCAAAAUCCUACAAUAUAUUCUUCAGGAGCGACUUUUCCCGGUUAACGAUGAAGACUCCACCGGAUCGACUGCUCUGUUCCACGCAGUAAUCAGUGCGAACAUAGAAACAGUUGAAUGCCUUCUUAAGCAUGGUGCUGAUGUAACAUACUCCAACAAAUCCGGACAGAAUGUUAUCUCAACAGCCACAAUGUUCGGUGAACUGGACAUUGUUAAAUAUUUCAUCAACAACUUUCCCGAGAUCGCGCGCUAUGUUCUAUUGCCACACGUUGGCCAAAAUACCUCCCUCCAUAUAGCCGUUCUGAAAGAAUCCAUACCUAUGGUAAGAUACUUCAUCAAGCUACACAAAGAUAACCAGUACAGCUUGAACGGACAGAAUCAGGAAGGAUUUACAGCUAUCCACAUCUGCGCGCAAACGGGCAACGAACAGAUAUUCUGGCUUCUACUUGAACACGGUGCCGAUCCCACGAUUCCUCUAACCAAUGGGCAGUCCAUUCUGCACACGGCUGCCUCCAAUAACCACUUGAAUAUUGUGCGGAUUAUUUUGGGGCGAUCAUUAAUCGACGUGAACGCCGUCGAUUGUAACCAGCGAACCAUCCUGCACUAUGCGGUAUUCUCGAAAAGUGCAACCGUUGUUAGGUUGAUUCUCAAAAUUCGCGGUUUGAAAACAGAUCGGCAGGAUUGCAACGGAAACACCGCACUACACCUGGCAGCCGAAAGCCAGUACAUUGACAUUUACAAUAUGCUGCAGAAGCGUGUCGGGAAUGAGCUGAGCAAUUAUAACCGGAAACGUGCAAUUGAUGUUCUGUUGAAAAAGUAGGCUGGGACAUUGUACAUAGUUAUCGUUCUCUAGUAUCAUGUUGAUAAAUAGUAAGAUGUGUACCUCCCAAAGCUAUAUUUCUCUCGUGAAUCCGUGUAUAUUUUAGAAACACAUGUAAUUAUUAGAUUAAAAAUUUUAAGCCAUGAAAACAUUUCUGUCGAUCGAAUCUAUAGGGUUAAUACAUUAAUUAUUUACAAUAAUUUCAAAUUAAAUGGCACUAUUCUCUAUUGAAAUCUGCAGACUAAUGAGAGAAGCCUGAAACAUCCAAAAACUUUAAAAACAGCUGUCGAAAGAGUUAUUUUAAUGAUAUUGCAGGAUUCGAACUCGUAUACCGGCUGAUUUCUGUCAGGAUUCUGGCUCGAAUGCAACAACCGAUUCUGCAUAUGUAUAUUCAUUCCUUGUUUUGACGUAUGUCACGUUUUUCCCCUUUUUUCAAGGUUUUUAGGAACGUGUCCAAUAGAAAACAAAGAAAGAAUGACCGGAAUGGCGAGAAUGAAGAUACGGUGAAAAUUCACCUUUCAUUUGACACACGGAGAAAAAGAUAUGUCCUCAAGCAGGCAUCGAUCCUACGAUCUCCCUAUCUCUAGCUGGGUGCGUUAGGCACUCCGCCAUCGAGUAACUGUGAUGAGGUGAUCACAAUUUCCCAACAGUAUCGUGAUCACCGCUACAGUCCUAAUCUCUACUAAUGAGCCCAUCGACCCCCAAUGUCUCCUAUAUGCAAAUCGUCACCGCCCCCUCUAUUCGAUCGACCAAAUCUCUCUCGUUAUCUAUUUUUAGCUCCAGUGCGUGAUCGCAUGUUCGAUUCCCGCUUGUAAACAUAUAUUUUUAUCGGUGUCAUUCUCACCGUUCCGGUCACUUUUCUCUGUCUGUUUUCCAUUGGACACGUUCCUAAAAACAGAUUCUGGACCUAAACCGGCCACGCCUGAAGACAGGCAGAAUUCAACCAUUGUAACAAAAUUCAAUCGAGUUCCAGCUACAUCCCAGAUACUGUCAUGUCCACGGUGUGUUUGGUAGAACUUUUUUUUCUUUAAAAAAGUUGGUAUCUGUAAAACUAAAACUACGUAAAAUAAUCGGUCGGAGGUCAAGAGUAGCCUAUUUAAAAAAUAUUUUGCAUGAAUGCUCACGUUUCUCAAUGGAACUAUUUCACAAUUUUGACUUUGGGUGGUGCUUUAGACAUUCGAACAAUCUUUAAAGUGAGAAUGUUACGAACAGUUUCGUUGUCUACAACUUUGUCAAAGACUGCAAAUUGAAUUGAAAUCUCCAGGAAAAAUUUUAAAAAAUUGUAACAUUCAUUAUGCAUUAUUAUAGUUACUUUGUUUUAAAUGUAAAUUCACUCAUCAAGUUAAACUUAUGUUCCAACCAAAACAGUAGAGGGAUAGUUAUUCCGACGUUCGUUUCCACUUUAUAGGUUAAAUCACUUAAUGGCAUUGAUUUACUGUUUCUAAUUAAAUAUACCACGUUCUGGUCCAGGUUUGGGUUGAAAGAUCCGGGUUUUCUGCCUCUUCCUGGCAGUUCAUCCAACGAAUAGUGUUCCUCAAACUUGUUUAUGAUGGAUUUGACACUCGUGUGAUGAAUUCUAAAGCGCUUCGCCAAUUUUCCCACUGUUGCACACUUUUCACUUAGACAUGUGUCCAAAGUUUUAAUUACCACUUUAUUUUCGGAAAACGAAGAAUUCAAACCGUACAAAAAAGUAAACAAUUGAAAUCACAAUCAAACGCACAGCAUGCCGCGAUGAACACAUUAGUACCAUAACAAAUACAUGCGUGAAACAUUAAGAUUUCUGACAGCUGAUUUACAACCACAGAUGCAAAGUAUCGCCAAAGGAUUUUGGUUUGUUUGCCUCACGAAAUACCUAACCUCAACCGGUUUUUGCAGCGCAAAAUGUUUUGUUUUCCUCACGAAAUAAUUCGGCACCGUUUCUUUUUUAACGGGAAUAGAAAGGUCAAUAAGCGGCCCUUACACGUUCAAUAUUUUUGACAAUACUAGAGAGUAUUGACAAAAGUGUUGUACGUGUAAUGGAAAAAAGUAGUAUUGACGUUGUGGAUUUCAAAUCGGAUUGAAAUAUUGUAACAAUAUCGACGAAAUAUUGAACGUUUAAGGGCCGCUAUACGUACAUCCGUGAAAAGCUUCACAGAUGCUGAGUACUGGCUUCGUUGAAUCUAGUUGAAAAUUGUUUGUGCAUUGGAUGGGUCUCACUAGCGGCUCCAGGGGGACGUACGUACCCUCCUAUUCAACCGAGAAGUGUUCCAGUAGAAAUGCGUGUGCUUACAACCCUUUCAUGAAUACUUGUUUCUUUAAACCAUUAUGAAGUGUGAAGGAGUUAAUUUAGGAUAUUGUAGCUCGAUAUCAUUGAUGGAUAAGUCGAGUAGUCCUUAUUGGGUUCCUUGAGGGACGUCUUAUAUAAUUUCUGUGUAUGAUUUGUCAAAUUGCCGCUGUCCAUGCAUGUUAGGAAACGCGUGUCCAAAAUUCGAAAUACCAUCUUCCAAAUCGUGUAUCAGAUACAUUUUGCCAAGAAGGUGCCCCCUCCCCCUACCUUUACCAACCAGCUGGAGCCGCCUAAGGGUGCUUACAGAGUGGCGGCGAGAAUCUGAGCAGGGGCUGGUACUGACAUUAUAAUGGUUUACCGCAAG